CUAGAAUAUUUUGAUCAGAGUCCAGCGCACUUCCUGGGGGCACUAACCGACCAACAUGGCGGCGGUGAUGAGGCUUGUAAACAGAAGAAUUCUAAGUUCAGCAAUGGGUCAGAAGUAUGUGGCGUAUAGCUCAGCAGCAAAGGUCACUGCAGCUGGCGUAAGAGCAGGUCAAGCUCUUCCAGAGAAGGUGAAAAUAGUGGAGGUGGGACCCAGAGAUGGGCUUCAGAAUGAAAAGACUAUCGUGCCAACAGAAACUAAAAUUCAUUUGAUUGACAUGCUGUCAGCGACAGGGCUGCCAGUCAUUGAGGCCACCAGCUUUGUGUCUCCAAAAUGGGUUCCACAGAUGGCAGACCAGGUGGAGGUGAUGAAGGGGAUUGGUAGGAAACCGGGGGUGUCUUACCCCGUCCUCACCCCCAACCUCAAGGGUUUCCAGGCUGCUUUGAAGGCUGGAGCUUCAGAGGUAGCCAUAUUUGGUGCUGCAUCAGAGCUCUUCAGUAAGAAGAACAUAAACUGCUCAGUGGAAGAGAGUUUACAGCGCUUUGAAGUGAUUAUGAAAGCAGCGAAAGAAGCCGGUGUGCCAGUUAGAGGCUAUGUGUCAUGUGUUCUUGGAUGUCCCUAUGAAGGCAAGGUGGCACCAGAAAAAGUUGCACACGUGGCUAAGCGUCUGUACUCCAUGGGCUGCUAUGAGAUCUCUCUGGGGGACACAAUAGGAGUGGGGACUCCUGGAAGCAUGAUAGAAAUGCUGGAGGCGGUGAGCAAAGAGGUGCCAGUUAAUGCCUUGGCAGUGCACUGCCACGAUACCUACGGCCAGGCCCUGGCCAACAUCCUUGUAGCCUUACAGAUGGGAAUCAGUGUGGUGGACUCGUCAGUAGCAGGGCUGGGGGGCUGUCCCUAUGCCCAGGGGGCUUCUGGGAAUGUUGCUACUGAAGAUGUAGUGUACAUGCUUCACGGACUUGGGAUUCAAACAGGAGUGGACCUCUCAAAGCUGAUGGAUGCCGGAGCUUAUAUCUGCCGAACCCUCAACAGGAAGACCAGCUCCAAAGUAGCGCAGGCCAACUGCAAGCUGUAGACAAGAGUGAAAACACAGACUGUACUCUGCAGCAAAACCUGGAGCCUUCAUCCUCUCUAUGUGCAGAUCUGCUUAUUCUCUCCUGAGUGUCAUUCAUCCUCUCCAAGUACCAGUUACUUUGUUUUUGGUUUAUUUAUUAAUCUUCAUGAUGGCAUAGCUGGAACAGUGCCUUAUGUACAGUCAGUCUAAUCACAAAUCCAUCUUAUAAAAGCCAUGCCAUCACCUGCUUCUUUAAUAGUGUGUUUACAUUCCUUUCUGGUCAGUGGGCAAAUCAAAGUAGACACACACUUAGUUUCUGUUAAUGAACCAGUGGAAUUAUGUCUUGGGUAUGGAUGAAAACACUGUUUGUUUUCUACCAUACUCCAUAUGCAGUUAUGUCUGUCUUGAAAUGAAUUCUCCAGAGUCUAUGAAAAAUCUGUUCUAAUGAACGUGGGCAUUGUACUGGCUUGUGGAACAAAUGUUGAUGUGCUGUGCAUUUAUUUUCCUUUCAAAUUCUACAUGUAAAUAUCCGGAGAUAGUACCUUUAAAAAUAAAUUUUAUUUCAUACAUGAAA